ACUCAGGAUCUUGCCUUGAGCAGCAAACCAACUCACCACUCCUGACACCAUGAACUACUACCGCAACUACUACGGAGGCCUGGGCUACGGCUGUGGAGGCUUCGAUGACCUGGGCUAUGGCUAUGGCUGUGGAUGUGGCGGCUUCCGCAGACUGGGCUAUGGCUGUGGCUAUGGAGGCUACGGAUACGGCUCUGGCUUCGGAGGCUAUGGAUACCGCAGCUGCCGCCCGUCAUUCUACGGAGGAUAUGGAUUCUCUGGAUUUUACUGAAAUCCUUCCCUGACAACCUAACAUGAGAGGCCAUAGGAAGAUCACCCAAACUUGACUGCAAUAACAAAAAGACGAGGUCACCCUGGAUCAAGCCAAGAUCAAGAGCAGUUAGCAUCUGAGAGUUUUAAGAAUACCUAUCAUUCCAUAAUUCUUUGCUUUAUGUCUCUGGAUGUGUCUUAGUUGUACCUUUAUAGCUGUGGGGUUUCUCU